AUGACGGCUGGUUCUAUAUCAGCUCCUUCUAUUAUACCUUUACGUGUUACUCAAUAUGGUCAAACACACAAAUUCGCUAUUAAUACAAAUACAUUAAUCGAAAUUCAUAGUGAAACACAAGAUGUCGAUAUUUAUUAUACGUUAGAUGGUUCGAAACCAGAUGCGUUUACAACAUUAGCAACACGACGUUCUACUAUACAAUAUAAAAAACCAUUUUAUAUACCAAGGCAUAUGGUUCAGGCAGGAAAAGUAACAAUUAAAGCAGUCGCUGUAUCAAAAGACGGAAUCCGAGAAAGUGUCGUCGUAGCAAAAAAAUUUGAUGUACAAGUUAUUGAGACAGAUCAUUCACCAAUGGAUGAAAACGAAAAUAGAUUCGUAUAUGAAUUACAACAAGAAAGAAAGGAGUUAAUACGAAAAAUUCAAGAUGAAAAUCAACAAAUGCAACAAAAAUUGGCUGAAUCAAUGCAUCGUUCAGCUGCUGAGUCAUUUGUACAAGAAAAACCACCGCGUCAUACACCUCCUGAUGCUCAAGCACAAGCAGGUCGUCUUCAAAAACAAACAGAUUUUCUUCGUUGUGCUCAUUGUUUUGCACCAAGAACUGGCGAUUUAUAUGCUCGAUUUUGUACUGAAUGUGGGCUUCCAUGGCAAAAUGUUACACUUAAUCAACCUCGAUUAAAUCAACCAGAUGGGCAUUCACUUGGUACAUGCGCUAAUUGUAAAUCAACAGUUCCAUUUAAUUCAAGUAUAUGUGUAGUUUGUGAAACUCCAUUAUCACCUGAAUAUCAACAUCGAAUUAAUGUUCAAAAUCAGACAAAAAUUUUAUGUCCACAAUGCAAAGCAACAAAUCCAACACAUUUACGAACAUGUAUUAUUUGUGAAUGUAAAUUAAUGCCAAGUACAUCACCACAAGUUCAAGCAACAGUUUCGAUUCCAUUGGCACCUAAAGCAACAGGAACAAUGAUGACAUGUUCAAAAUGUUUUCGUUUAAAUAAUGCCGAUGCUCGUUAUUGUGAUUGGUGCGGUGCACAACCAGAACGAGCAUCUGUACCAAUACAAUGUACAAAAUGUCGUGCAGAAAAUGAUCCAUAUGCAAAGUUUUGUUUAACAUGUGGUUGUACUAUUGAACCACCAUUACGUGUUAUUGAUGCGAAUCUUAGAAAUGAUCUGAAUAUUUCAACACCAGGAAUGCUGGCUGGUACUUUAACACGUCAUUCGGCUAGUCCAACAUGGUUGAAUGCUAAUGCAACAUUUAGUCAUUAUCGUCAACCUUAUUUGAUAACAAAGAGUGAAGCUACAACGCAAACACAUGGAAUUUAUUAUCCAAGUGCAAAAGACAUCGAUAUUUUGAUUGCACAAAAUAGGACAUUACAAGCAAAUCAAGAAUUUAAAGAUCGUCGACCAAUAUUAACAGCUGUUAGUCCAGGAAAAGGUUAUUGGAGACAACAAAUGGAUCAUGUUUGUGCUCAUUUAAAAGCAUAUGCGGUUAAUCGACCUGAUUUUCGAUCACUAAUCGGUGAACCUCGUAUGGGUAAAAUGAUUCAUGCAAAUGUACAUGAAAAUGAAUAUCAAGUAACAGUUCAAGCUGUAUUUCGUAAACCAGAGAAUCUUUCUCAAUCGGCUUUUUAUAUUGAUGAAACAAUUGGACAGUAUGCAAUGAAUAGUGAACGAAGUUCAACAUUUUCUAGUACAUUUAAUUCAGAUGAUGAAUAUACUAGAGAAAAAACAAAAUCAACGAAAGGCAAAAGACGUCCUAAAAAACGACCACAAUCAGCUAGUGCUGCUGGUAGUGAUAGUCAACCAAAUCGAGCUUUAUUAAAAUUACUUGAAAGAAAAGGUGGUGACGAUAAUAAAAAAUCUUCGAAUCGUGUUGAUGUAUUAGAAGAAGUGAAACAAUUAUUGAAAGAAGGUGCCGAUGCAAAUUUACGUAAUAAAGAAGGUUUUACCGUUCUUCAAUUGGCUGUACGUAAUCGUCAUAACGAAUGUUUGGAACCAUUGAUUAAAAUUGGCAAAGCUCAAUUAGAUAAAAGAGGACCACGUGGUAAUACGGCCUUGCAUGAAUGUUGUUUACUUGGAUAUAAUGGUGUUGAACCCUUAAAAACUCUUUUAAAAAAUGGAGGUGAAAUAAGUUGGAUAAAUGAUAAAAAAGAAAGUAUUGUUGAUGUUGCAACAAAACAAAAUUGCCCGGAAUUAAUGCAAGUUAUUGCAACACAUCGUGGCCAACAGAUGAUUGAUCGACAAAUGAAAAUAUAUGAUGAUUAUGCACGAACUACAACUGCCGAUGGUCAUCGUUCAUCAUAG